AAAAACACGAUGAUACUUAAAAACUCAUUACUAACAGAAUUUAUUUAGAAAAACAACUUAUGAGAAAAUCAAAUCUGACAACAAAUUCCACCACCGUAGACAGCACUAACAACGCUAAAAAAAAUACCGCAAGUUUCACCGCGAACUGUACGAACCGCAACGAAAAAAGAAAGAAAAACCGAACCUGGUGCCCUGAACACAAUGCCACCAUCAGCCGCCGCCACAGGCGACGACGACGAAGACCACGCCCUUCCCUCUUCCAAUCCAUCGUUCGCUCAAAUCUCGGGUUCCGACAUGGAUAUCGAUAACGGUGAUGACGAAGAAGAGGAGGACCCGGAAGAAGAAGUAGGCGGCGGAGAUAACGACGACGAAGAGGAGAUAGAAGAAAAAGAAGAAGUUGAAGAGGAGGAAGUUGAUCAGAGACGUAACGAUAAUAGACAGCAUCUGGAGUCUGACAGGCAAAUGGGAUCACAUUCUACACUUGAGAUGUCUGAAAUGAGGGAAGAUAGUGUCAGUAAUUUCAAAUGUUCUGGCCCUUUGGAUGGACCAUUGACAUUGCAGAAGGAGAAGUCAUGUGUGAAUUAUUUAGAUUCAUGGUCCCCCAAAUUGAGUAAACAUUUGGUUAUUGCUCGAAAAAAUGGAACUUUGGAACAUGCAAUUAAUAAAACAGAUGCCUUCGGCCAUAGCAAGACUCAUUUAAGUAAUAGUAGCGAAGCUGUAGCUGUUGAGACCACUGAGCCAUUUGUUAUCACAGGCAUAGAGGUGGAUGUUGUCUUAUCUAAGAGAAACUGCUUGGGUCAGGAGGCUAAUGUCGUUCUGGAUUCGAAGGAAGAACUUAAACCAGUGGACGUGAAGUCAGAGGAUAGCAAAGAGCAAACAGAAUCGAGGUUAUCCAGAUUGGUGGCUUCUGUGACAAGGGCAAGAAGUUUAUCCCCUUCUACUGAGCUUAGGGAUGGAAACAAACGCGCAGCAGUAAUUUGUGACUUUUUUGCGAAAGGGUGGUGCAUUAGAGGGAGUUCAUGUAGGUUCCUUCAUAAAACCAACAAAGCAGAUAACACAGGCCAACAGUUAGGGUUAGAUGAGGUUGCAAUCCGAGAAGACCAGUUUGAUGAAGGUGCGAGAAACAUUUUGGAGACACCAAAGUUUCCUCAUUUUCCUGACCCAGUUGCUGCUUCAACAGGAAAAGAAGCUACAUUUUCUUCUCAUUUCUCUUCAGAAAGACUCCCACCACUAGAACACAAAGAAAAUGAGAGGUUGCAUCAGUUGGAUGAUGAGCACAAGUUGUCACUUCGACAAAGAGUGGGCAUUCCUCUCAAUGCCAAGCAAUUUUCUUCCUCCAAAGACGAUCCCAGCUUUUCUUCCUCUUUUAAGGAUGUAGGAAUGGAGAAUUUUAGACAACAUUGGCCUGCGACUGAUUGUGGUAGUUACACUUCUCUAAUUAACAGAGGAUCAUCAUUUUCUUUUAGUUCCUCUUUUGAUACAAGCCUGCUUGGUUCUCAAAAGCUGCUGGAUAGUGAUCGUGCUUCUAGAUCAUCUUCAUUACCGCGAAGUGCUUCUGCUUUCUCUGGUUCUGAGCCAGAAAGUUUGUCUUUAGCUAGUGUACCUGGGGAUCAAUUACGUCAUGCAGAGCAUAAAACAAAAAUUUCUUCAAAUGACUGGGAGCCAUCUAUACCUUUUCGCCCUUCCUUUUUCAUUACUCCUGAAAUGAUAUCAUCUGCUAGGAGCAAGUAUGAUCCUCUUCGAGAUAGCUUUGUCUUGCCCAAUGUAGGAGAUAAAUCCUUCAAAUUCUCUUUCUUUAGUCUAGGAGCAUCAAUCUCAAAUGCAUUGCAGCAACCGAUAUAUGGUGAUUCCUUGUCAAAUCGAAACUUUGGCACUGAAUGUAAAGGUGACAAAAGUACUAUAUCUUCUCAUGAUAAACCCCACAGAAGUCUGUCGGAUAAAAAUUGCAGUACACCUGGAAAAGAUUCAUUUACUACUGCAACAGUGACAGGAGGAGCUGGUACGGCUGAUGGUGAAAAUGGGAGUGCACUCAAGGAAGAAAGUGCCUCAGGUAUUGGUUAUGAAAAAGUUAAUCGAGUUACAAACAAAAAUGAUUGUGAUGCUAGACCCCAAAUAGAUAGGUCAAGACACAAAAAGGACUUAAAGGCAGAUAGUGUUAGACAAAACAAUGACAUGGAGGUUGAUCAAAAGAUAGGUGGGGAUCUGCAAAAAGAAUCAAAAGUGCUGAGACAUUUUCGUGCUGCUCUUAUUGAUUUUGUUAAAGAUUUGUUGAAACCAACUUGGCGUGAAGGUCAUCUCAGCAAGGAUGCACAUAACACAAUAGUUAAAAAGACAGUUGAGAAGGUUCUUAGCACCUUGCAACCUCAUCAAAUUCCAGCUAAUGUUGAGUCAAUUAAGCAAUAUCUUUCUUCAUCUCAGCCAAAAAUGGCAAAGCUUGUUGAGGGAUACAUUUCUAAGUAUGGAAAAUCUUGAGAUGCCUGGCCAUAUGGCUUUCUUUCUGUACAGUUUCCGACACAUCUAGUUAUUCAGAAAACCAUGACAGUUUGUAUGAGGCUUAUUUAGCAGUAGUUAAAACUGAGAUUCAGGCGGAAUGUUGUGAAUUUUGUAAGAUAUUUUUCUUUAUGGAGUACUCUUUUCCUCCUAGCUCAUAUAUUUGGAAGAAAAUAAAACCAUAUAUAUAUAUAUAUUUAGUUUGGGAUCAUGUGUAUAAAGAGCAAUAUAAAACUAUUCUUAGGACCUAA